AUGGCGUAUGUUUCGUUGGCAUUACUUCUCCUCUUGUGCAGUUGCCAUUCUUUCGUUGCUCAUGCAGGAGAUGAACAGAGUUACAAGGUUCUUGACCUUAAUCCUAGGGUCGUCUGCUCCGAGCGAAACGGUGAUUCCUCAGGUGGAGGUGGAACCACGUUGACGUUAAACCACCGGUACGGCCCAUGCUCGCCGGUGCCGUCCGAGAAGAGGCCGAUCUCCGACGAGGAGCUGCUCCGCCGUGACCAGCUCCGAGCCGAGUACAUCCGACGCAAGUUGUCCAGGAGCAAUGGCACCGCCGGCGAGGACGGUGGCCAGCAGUCGAAGGUCACCGUGCCGACCACGCUGGGCACCUCCCUGGACACGCUGGAGUACGUCAUCUCCGUCGGGCUCGGCUCGCCGGCCGUGAAGCAGAUGAUGUGCAUCGACACCGGCAGCGACGUGUCGUGGGUGCAGUGCAAGCCGUGCCCCAUCCCGCCGUGCCACGCCGCGGGCUCGCUGUUCGACCCGGCCGCGUCGAGCACGUACGCGGCAUUCAACUGCAGCGCCGCCGCGUGCAAGCAGCUCGGCAAGCAUGCCAACGGCUGCGACUCCAAGUCCCAGUGCCAGUACAUCGUUAGGUACGGCGACGACUCCAACACCACCGGAACGUACGGCUCCGACAAGCUGACGCUGUCCGCCUCCGACGUCGUCGAGGGCUUCCAGUUCGGGUGCAGCCACGCGGAGCUGGGCACGGGCAUGAACGACAAGAUCGAUGGGCUCAUGGGGCUCGGCGGCGGCGCUCAGUCGCUCGUGUCGCAGACAGCGGCCAACUACGGCAAGUCCUUCUCCUACUGCCUCCCGCCGACGGCGGCCUCGUCCGGGUUCCUCACUCUCGGCGCGCGGAGCAGCGGCGGCGGCGGCAAUGGCACAUCGCAGUUCGUGACGACGCCGAUGCUAAGAGUUAAGGAGAGUCCGACGUUCUACUUCGCGGCGCUCAAGGACAUCGCCGUGGGCGGGAAGAAGCUCGGGCUGCCGCCCUCGGUUUUCUCCGCCGGGUCCUUGAUGGACUCCGGCACGAUCAUCACACGGCUGCCGCCGACGGCGUACUCGGCGCUGUCGUCGGCGUUCCAGGCCGGGAUGAAGCAGUACAAGAAGGCGCAGCCUAGCAGCAUCUUCGACACUUGCUUCGACUUCACCGGCCUGGACAAGAUCACCAUACCGGCCGUCGCGCUGGUGUUCUCCGGCGGCGCGGUCGUCGACCUCGACGCGCACGGCAUCCUGCACCGUAGCUGCCUCGCGUUUGCCCCCAACGCCGACGAGAAGACCUUCAGCACCAUCGGAAACGUCCAGCAGAGGACGUUCGAGGUUCUGUACGACGUCGGCAGCAGCGUCUUCGGUUUCCGUGCCGGCGCAUGCUGA